UAGAAAUACUUGAAGAAAUUGUUGGAUUUUCCUUAAUUAUGGACACAAACUAUCCAUAUAUAACACGGCAGGAUAUUGUAAACUUUCCAUUUCCCUAUAAACUAUGGUUGGUAGUGAAUUUAGAACAUUGUGAUUUUCUACGUUGGAAUCGCGAUGGUACUGUCGUACUUUUAGAUUUAGUGGAUCUUGAAGACUAUCUGAAUUCCACACGUUCUAUAUUUAAAAUAAAGAACAGUUCCACAUUUCUACAACAUUUAGAGGAAUUCAAGUUUGAACGUUUAAAUGCCACACCAGAAGCCGAAGAAGAUUUAUUGUUGCAAUAUAGAAAUGAGAAUUUCCAAAGACAUCGUUUAGAUUUGUUGGCAAAAAUACGAAGGCACACUUAUCAGUUGAUAGGCCAACUGGCAAUUGAUAAUUGUGCCGAAAGUGAAGGCGGUACAAAGAAAUUCAGUAAUAAUGUAGAUGACGAAAGUGCCAACAUUCCAAAACUUGUGUCCAACAGAAUGUUGGGUGAUUUGUGUUUUAUGUUUCAUGGCGGCCUCUCUAAAAUCAAAAGAAGUCGUUUACGUUUUGAAACUCUGCUACAUUUUCAUAACGAACAGCGUAUAUUAAAGGAAAAGCUAAAAGCUUCCGAGUCAUUUCAAACCCUUAAAACCAAACCAGACGUUUCUAUGGGUUCAUCAGCGAUUUCACCAUAUGAAGAUCAAGUUAUUGAAUUGCCGAUAGAAUUGUUUGAAAAUCCACACGAUUCUGUUCUAAAUUUGGGCGCUGAUUUUCGUCCUGAGUAUGCAGGUUACUAUGGCAAUUGUAGCAAGGAUCAGAUAUUGCAAUUCUUUGGCGAAUAUUUGCCUAUGUAUGAAGAUAAUUCAGUGGAAGUGAAAAAAAUUGUGACAGAUAAUAGUACUGCUAGUGGUAACAAUACGCUUCCAAUUAUCGCUGAACCCAAUAUAAUGCAAUACUCCUCUCCUAAUGUUACUGAGAACCCGAACAUUUAUAUAUCAACCCCUAUAGCAACAAAUUUUGUACAUAAUUUGAACUUUUCUUCGAACCUGGAGCCCAUUUACAUUACGAAUGAAAACUCAGAAAAUAUCAAUCCAAACAAUGGUAACACAAGUAAUGAUUUCACAGUAACACAACUAAAUUCAAGUUGCUUAGAUAACGAGGCCGAUAUAUCAAUGGAUGAAUUUAUUAAAUUUAAAGAUUCGCGCAGUGAAAACCUUACAGUUGAUUGUCCAGAAAUUAAUAACGCCGCUGAUGAUUGUGCCGCUUAUAGCUCUUAUCCACCGGAGCAAGUGGAUACAAAUGCAUUUCCACAAAUGCCAACAUCCAUUCAAAAAGAAAUAUCUGAGGAUGUUAAAGAAAAUGAAGCUAAUUUCCGUAGUUUCUUUAGUCAAUACAGGGCUUCUUUAAAUAUAUUGUAUGAACGUCAGUAA